AACAUCACCCUGUAGCUUUGAUUGUAAAUCAGGAAGAAGAUGAUAUUGAACAGAAAAGGUAAUUUGCUGAAACAAUAGCAAAAUUAGUUUUAAUCAACAAAUGGUUUCAUUUUUUAGCUAAAAAAUGAAAACCUAUUUUUUAAUCAUCAUCUUAGCCUAUUCAUUGACAGCUGUGUUUACCAACAAAUGUUCAGAUCCAUUGGUUGUAACAAAAUGGUCAACACUUCGAGGUUUUACACGGCAAAUUAUCGACACUCCUGUUCAUCAUUUUUUAGGCAUUCCUUAUGCUCUGCCACCAGUGGGUCGACUUCGCUUCAAACCUUCUAUUCCUUUGGGGAAAACUGGCCUUCGUCAUAAAGGCAUUUACAAUGCGACUUCAUAUCGUUUUGGGUGCAUUCAAACACCUGAAGAUGAGGCCAAACACAGUACAAUACCAUCAAGUGAAAACUGUCUUUUCAUUAACGUUUACACACCAGCAAAUUUAACUGAUGAAAGACCAUUAAAGGCAAAAUUGCCUGUUCUUGUUUUCAUCCAUGGAAGUGGUUAUGUUUACGGUUCAUCAGGAAAUCCUCACAUUUACGGAGGUUACCUUGCAGGCCUUGGAAACAUGGCUCUUGUCGUUUUCAAUUAUCGUUUAGGUGCAUUGGGGUUAAUGUAUGGUCACCCAAGCAAGAUACCAGGAAAUUUGGCGCUUUGGGAUCAAAAGGCUGCUCUUGAAUGGGUCCAGGAAAAUAUUGGUGCUUUUGGUGGUGACCCUGAAAGGGUAACUUUGAUGGGCCAUUCGGCUGGAGCUUCAUUUUCAACCAUGCACCUCAUGUCCACUGAAACUCGCCAUCUUUACCAACAAGCAAUGGUCAUGAGUGGAACAGCUUGCCACCGGUCAGGAUUGGAUUCACCUGGUUUGGCUUUGAGGAAAGCCCGUGAAUUGACUAGACGACUCAAUUGUUCACAAAUCCCUUUAGACAGUGUUUUCUUGAUGGAUGAUGAAGUUGAAUGUCUGAUGAGGGUUGAUGCACUAAAAAUAGCUCAGGCUCAGGGGGACUUACAGACAUCCGAACCAUCUCAGUGUUCAUCGUCAACUUUCCUUCCAUCAUAUGGAAAUUCAUUUCUACCAAAGUCGACAGAUACUUUACUGGAAGACCAUAAAUAUGUUCAUGGUAAACCGUUAUUGAUUGGAAAGGUUCCCAUUGAAACCAAGCCAUCAGUAAAUGUAACCAGUUUGUUUCAAGCUGUAACAUUGAUACAAUCAUACAUUACCAAUUCAACUGGAGCCAUUAAUCCACCAAACUCGGAAUCCAUUUUGAAAUACUAUCUUAACUCAAUCGUUGAUGGUGAUAGCUAUCGAUUAACUGAAGCAGUUAUAGCUGCUGUUAAUGACCUUUGUCAACACUGUCCGCUGCUCAAAUUUUCAAAACACUGGGCAAGUGACAAUCCAGUUUACCUUUAUUAUUACACAUAUGUUACAAGUGGCUUAAGAAACGACCCUGGCAGACUGUAUGGACCUAACCAUGCAGAUGACACUAAAAUAUUGUUUGGAUUACCAUUUAAAGAUUAUGACGAGUAUAAUGAUGAAGAUAGAGACAUGAGUCGCUUUAUGAUUGAGUUGUGGUCUUAUUUUGUGCACAAAGGCUCAAUGAAGUGGUCAUCAGUUUUAUUCGAUUCCGAUCAACGUGAUUACAUUAUGUAUCAAUAUGAAAUCGACGGAAACACUACAAUGAACUACAAAAAAAUCAGCAUCGACAAAGAUUCAGUAAUCUGUAAAUUAUUGCCUGAAUAGUCAAACAUUAAAAACGAAAGUAUAUUUUAAGUUUACCCGAAAUUGGUAAACCUUUUACCAGAAA